AUGAGUGCUCAACAACGCCUCCAGAACAUCGCUGGACACAUCAACUCCAGCGCCACCUCGACACAAUCACAGUCACCAGGUCUCAAAAAGAUUCUUGAAAAGAACCCAGAUGACAUUGUAAUAACAUGCGCGACGCGCACACCACUCACCAAAGCACGCAAGGGAGGCCUCAAAGACACACCGGCAGAUGAACUGCUCAUCCACGUUCUCAAGGCGCUCAAGGCGAAAUCCCAGAUCGACCCGUCCAAGGUCGACGACGUGUGCGUAGGCAACGUGCUGCUGCCGGCCCCGGGGUUCGGGGCGCGCAGCGCGGUGCUCGCGGCGGGGUUCCCGGUGUCGACGGCGUCCAACGUGGUGUCGCGGUUCUGCUCGUCGGGCCUGCUGUCGAUCCAGACGGUGGCGGGGGCGAUCGCGACGGGGUCGAUCGAGGUCGGGAUCGCGGUCGGGUGCGAGAGCAUGUCGACCAACAAGGACGCGCCGCCGGCGGGGAUGAGCGACAUGAUCACGUCGCACCCGGUGGCCAAGGACAACGUGAUGCCCAUGGGCUGGACGAGCGAGAACGUGGCGCGCGACUUCGCCGUGCCGCGGGCCAGCCAGGACCGGUACGCCGAGAUGUCGCACGCCCGCGCCGCCCGCGCGCAGGCCGAGGGGUGGUCCGCCGACGAGAUCUCCCCGGUCACCACGCGCUGGGUCGACCCCAAGACCAAGGAGGCCACCACCGUCACCGUCGACCGGGACGACGGCGUGCGGCCCGACACCACCUACGAGGCCCUCUCCAAGAUCCGCUCGGCGUUCCCCCAGUGGGGCCCCACCACGACCGGCGGCAACGCGAGCCAGAUCACCGACGGCGCCGCCGCCGUGCUGAUGAUGAAGCGCUCGACCGCCGAGAAGCUCGGCCAGCCCGUCGUCGCAAAGUUCGUCAGGAGCACCGUCGUCGGCCUCGAGCCGCGCAUCAUGGGCAUCGGCCCCAGUCUCGCCAUCCCCAAGAUUCUGGACUUGACCGGCCUGACCAAGGAGGACGUCGACCUGUUUGAGAUCAACGAGGCCUUUGCGAGCAUGUACGUUUACUGCGUGGAGAAGUUGGGACUGGAUAUUGAAAAGGUCAACGUCCGUGGUGGUGCCAUUGCCAUCGGACAUCCCUUGGGAUGCACAGGGACGAGACAGGUCGUCACGGUUCUGUCCGAGUUGAAGAGGAGAAAGGCAAAGGUGGCCGUGACGAGUAUGUGCGUGGGUACCGGUAUGGGCAUGGCCGGUGUGUUUGUCUCGGAGGAAUCAUGA